AUGAUUUCGUUCCUUCGCCUGUUGCAGGCCCUCUCCCUGCUUCUCCUCGCCGGUUUCAUUGUCGCAGAGCAUACGUCCAACUGGGCGGUGCUGGUUUCUACCUCCCGGUUCUGGUUUAACUAUCGCCAUCUCGCCAAUGUCCUCUCGUUAUAUCGAACCGUCAAGCGCCUCGGCAUUCCCGACUCACAAAUCAUUUUAAUGCUCCCCGAUGAUAUGGCCUGCAACCCUCGCAAUGCUUUUCCCGGAACCGUGUAUAGUAACGCCGAUCGCGCGGUCGAUUUGUACGGUGAUAAUAUCGAGGUGGAUUACAGGGGCUACGAAGUCACCGUCGAGAACUUUAUCCGACUCCUGACCGACCGCCUCGAUGAGGAUGUACCGCGCAGUAAACGACUCGGAUCAGAUGCGGGUAGCAAUGUGUUGGUGUACAUGACAGGGCACGGUGGAGACCAAUUCCUGAAAUUCCAAGAUGCGGAGGAGAUCGGCGCGUGGGAUCUGGCCGACGCGUUUGGACAGAUGUGGGAAAAGAAGCGCUAUCACGAACUCCUGUUCAUGAUUGAUACCUGCCAAGCCAAUACGAUGUACACCCACUUCUACUCACCCAACAUCGUGGCUACGGGAUCCAGCGAGCUCGACCAAUCCUCGUAUUCGCACCAUGCUGAUAACGAUGUCGGAGUUGCUGUGAUCGACCGUUGGACCUACUAUGUGCUCGAGUUCCUCGAAACUCAAGUGACAAGCGCCAAUUCCAAGCUGAACUUGGGAGAUCUCUUCGACUCAUAUGACGAAUCGAAAAUACAUUCACAGCCGGGAGUCCGGUGGGAUCUGUUUCCCGGUGGCGAGGCAGAGGGCCGUCUGCGAACCGUGGUAGACUUCUUCGGCAAUGUGCAGAAUGUUGAAGUAGAGAACGCCAAUACGACAGAGCCGGGCUCACUCAAGGAGGAUCUUGCUGAGAUCGCUCGACUGGCAGAGAAGUGGCGCAAGCGAAGUGAAGAGUACUCGUCUAUCCUCGGCAAUUCGACCAAGCCUCAACCCGAAAACCAACAUUCACCUGCCGCGCACCUUACCCCGAAGAAGGCCGUCGGGCCCACGAAGAUGGCCGAGGACAACAGUUGGGGCAAGCGGUUGGUCGGCCUGUCGGUAGUGGGCGCAUGUACUGCAAUCUGGGUUGCUGGAUCAGUAUUGGGUGCUUCAUCUGCCUGA